UAACUCUUCGACUGUAACGAGGACGCGGUAUUAUUGACUGCAUUACUAAUGUUAUUUUUUACGUUAUAUAUUUUUUGAAAAAAAGUCAGAAUGAAACAAUGCUGAUUUGUCUCAUAUUCGCAUUUAUUUUAACGCGGGAAGAGAAGAACAUGAAGUCUCCUUCCGCUUUAAAAUAAAUGCGAAUCUGACAAAAGACAAUCGAGCUAUGGCCAGAGAGAAGUUGUUGGUUAAAGAAAAAUUAUGUAGCGUGACAUACAGUGCAACCAACAAUGCCUCCUUGAUACAGUAACAAAGAGUAGCAGAAAUGCUGCUUAUUUAUGGAAAAUGCCAUCAAAGUGAAAGAAGAGCGGCAGCUUUGUACGCGAUUCGGUAUUCCGAUAAAUGACACCCGUCACCUUCUUCAAUCGAUAGUCUGUAUCAUCGACUUUGCGCCAAUCUGGCACUUUUCACGAGUCAACACGUCCGAGAAACGUACGUCAACGCGACGAACAAAUGAUUGACCAAGUAAGGGAAGCUGUGUCAGCAAAUCCACAUAUUAACACUCGAGGUUAGUGGUGGGAAACUAUCGAUAGUACUAUCGAUUAAUCGAUAGUGAUUGCCAUUAUCGAAUUAUCGACAGUCAGUAGGACAACUAUCGAACUUUGCAGCGCCCAUGCCCAGAGACCCAGAUCCGGCAAAGAACAAUUGGAAACUGAGAGCUAGAUUGUGUCAUUUUACGUAUUUACUUUUUAUUUUAAUGAGUAAAUGUGAGGUAUAUUAUAUAGGAUUAUAGAUAAGUGAUGUUUUCUAAUAUUUCCUGUUUAAAAAACUUAACCUAACCUAGCUAUGCUAUUGCACUAUUUGCAUUUGCACUCUUGUGUUCAUGUGUUCAUUGUUGUUGUUGGUGAUGAUGGCAGGUCAUGGGUUUGAUGUUUGAUGAAUUGAGAGCAUGAUAACUAAAUAUAACAUCAAUACUAUUACUUCUAUUUUUUACAGCUUUAUUGUAUCCGUUUUGUCAAAUUCUAUUAUAAAAUCGAGCAUAAGGCUGAAGGACAAGGGCUCCCCUUUUGUUUGGAAUUAUUUUGAAAAAAAAUCAAAUUAUUUUGCAAGUUGCACUUUAUGCAGGAAAGAAUACUCAACGAGCGGCAACACCUCAAACAUGAUUGAUCAUCACAAACGCAUGCACCGUAAAGAAGUUUCUGAGUGAAAUGAGGAGGAGAUAGAGGAUGAAGAUAACGACAAUUUACCUUCAACUUCAUCUCCGAAAAAGAAAUUCCACCAAACUGUUCUACAACUGAGACAGCCCUCAAAUUUUUACAAAAAUAAUAAUCAUAAAAAAAUGGUAUUGGAUAAAAAAAUUGCUUUAAUGAUUGCAAUUGAUCUGCAGCCCUAUUCAUUUGUAGAAGAUAAUGGUUUUUUAAGUUUAAUACAUGAAUUAGAUGCACAAUAUAAGGUACCAUGUAAGAAAACUUUUACUGAGAAAAUUAUUCCUGGGAUUUUUGAAGAAGCGUCCACUAAAUUGAAAAAUAUUCUGAUCAAUAUUGAUUGGUUAUUUUUGACAACUGAUUUAUGGACCUCAAUAAAUUCAGAGUCGUACAUUACCCUAACUUGCCACUUUUUAUACGAGAAUGAAUUGAAAUCUUGCUUUUUUGAUACAUUUGUCAUGAUGGGCCAGCAUAUUGCUAAGAAUAUUGCUUGUCACAUUCAGACUAUUCUAGAUCACUGGACGAUAACUAAAAAUAAAAUAGUGUGCAUUACUACUGAUAAUGGAAGUGAUGUGAAAGCAGCUUGUACUAUCUUACAAAUAAGAAAUCUCUCGUGCUAUGCACAUACUCUAAACUUAGUAAUUAAAGAUUCAAUAAAAGAGAAUAAAGAUUUUGAUGCAAUCGUUAAAAAAUGUAGUGAUAUUGUUACAUUUUUUAAAAGAAGUAACAAGGCCAUGAAAGUUUUAAAUAAUGAGCAGGUUACGCUCGGUCAGAAAGUGCCACUAAAAGUCUUAAAAGACGUAGAAACAAGGUGGAAUAGCACUUAUAUUAUGUUAGAUAGAUUUAUUGAAAUUGGAGAUGCGUUAACCAUAGCACUUAGCAAAUCUGCUAAAACUCUAUCCAUUUUAAUGCCAGAAGAAAAAGACGUGAUAACUGAGGCUCUUUUACUCUUGAAACCAUUUAAAGAUAUAACGGAAAAAACCUCAGGAGAUAAAUAUGUUACGGCAUUAUUAAUAAUACCAAUAACAGAGGAAAUACAAAUGGAAUUAACUCGACUUAGACCCACUCUGAAAUCUUCUAUAGCUCAAGGGCUAGAAAAAUCAUUACAAAGUGUUUUGAGUAAUAGAUUGUUUAAAUACGAGGCAAGACAGGAACCUCAAAUUACCACUUUUUGUGACCCAAGACUGAAGAAACUCGCAUUUUUUUCCACCACUAACGCCAAAACUGCUCAAGAUUUAACAGAAGACGAGGUGAAAAGGAUAAUUCAUAAAAAUAAAAAUGAAAUCAGAACUACAGAUUCCGGAGUUUCAGAAAGAGAAAAGCCUAAAGGAAUUUUCAAAUAUUUACAAGAGAGACAAAAAUAUAACAAAUAGUAAUACAGCAGCUGCUAGAACAAUAGUAAAUGAUUACAUCAAAGAUAGACUAAAAUCUGAAAACGAAGAUCCUAUUAAAUUUUGGUUGUCAUGUAAAGACAAUUUGCAACCUCUAGCAAAAAUACCUAGCAAAUAUUUGAUUAUUUUGGCCACCUCCGUUCCAGCUGAAAAAAUAUUUUUGA